AAAUAUGGCUCAUCAGUACAGCCAAACCUUAAACCCUCCCAAAACCCUCAUGAUCCCCAAACACCCAAAUCCCAUCCCCUCAUUUUCUUCCUCCAAAACUCUCAAACCCAAUUCCAGAAGCUUCCCAAAACUCUCUGUGUCGGCCAUGGCCGCCCAAGCGCCGCCGCCCCUGGAUGCUCUGCUCAACGGUGCUCGUAAACAAGAGGUGCUUGAUGCCAUUGGGACUUCCUUGUCUAACUGCCUCUCUGAAACCAACCUCCACCUCACAGUUCCUGGCCUCCAAUCCAAAACCAGAGGCAAGGUUAGGGAUGUUUAUGACUGUGGGGAUUAUCUUGUUAUGGUCACCACGGAUCGGCAGAGUGCAUUUGAUAGAAUUCUUGCUUCCAUUCCCUUCAAAGGCCAGGUCCUUAAUGAAACAAGUUUAUGGUGGUUUGACAAAACUCAACAUAUAACGUCAAAUGCAGUUGUUUCGGUCCCAGACGAAAAUGUAACAAUUGCAAAGAAAUGUUCUGUUUUUCCGGUGGAGUUUGUGGUCAGAGGUUAUGUGACGGGAAGUACUGAUACGUCAUUAUGGAUGGUCUACAGAAAUGGCGUUCGAAAUUAUUGCGGCAACGUACUUCCAGACGGCUUGGUAAAAAGCCAAAAGCUUCCUGCAAAUAUACUCACACCAACAACUAAGGCUGCAGAUCAUGACGUUCCUGUUACUCCAGCUGAGAUUAUUGAGAGUGGACUGAUGAGUCAGGCCGAUUAUGAUGAAGUAAGUAGGAAAGCAUUGAGCUUGUUUGAGUAUGGACAGCGUGUGGCUUUGGAGCAUGGGUUGAUAUUGGUAGACACAAAGUACGAAUUUGGGAAGGGACAGGAUGGUUCCAUACAUUUGAUUGAUGAGGUGCAUACACCUGAUUCAAGCAGAUAUUGGAUUGCACAUACUUAUGAGGAACGUUUUCAGAAUGGUCUUGAACCUGAAAAUGUUGAUAAGGAGUUUUUGAGGUUGUGGUUUAAAGAUAAUUGCAAUCCAUAUGAAGAUGAGGUCCUCCCUGAUGCCCCUGAAGAACUUGUUCGUGAACUAUCUUGGCGAUAUAUUUUCUUGUAUGAGACGAUCACAAAAUCAAAAUUCAAGAUGCCUUCUACAGAGGAGCCAAUACAUGAUAGAAUAUCUCGCAAUGUGGCACAAGCACUGUCAUCCCUGAAGUAACUUCAUAGCGAGGAGCAGAAGAAUUUUAGCUGAACUAACAAGGACCCUCCCCAAGACCCCACAAAAUUAAAAACAUACUAGAAAAUGUGAGGCAUUUAUUUCUUGUGAUUCAUUUGUGCUUUCAUGUAUGUUCAUGGGAAGUCUCUUGGACAGCAAGAUGUUGUGCCUUGAAUCGAACAGCGGGCAUAAUUACGCCCAAUGAUUUUUAGCUUACCGUUUUUCUUG